AUGUGGGGGGUGGGGGGCCAGGGGGUGCUCCCGGCGCUGCUCCUGCUCCCAGGGCUCUGCGCGGGGUUCAACAUCGACGUGGAGAACCCGCGGGUGUUCCGGGGCCCCCCCGAGUCCCAGUUCGGGUACCGGGUGCUGCAAUGGGGGGGCGACGGCGACAGGGGGCUGCUGGUGGGGGCCCCGUGGGAUGGGGACGGCCAAGGCGACGUCUACAAGUGCGGCGUGGGACCCCAAAACUCCUCCUGCGCCAAGGCCAACCUCGGGGACACAGCGCCGUGGCUCCGCGGCAGCGCCGGACACCUCGGGAUGACCCUGGUGGGCUCCAAGGACGGCGGGUUCGUGGCGUGUGCCCCGCUUUGGUCCCAGGAAUGCGGCACCUCCGUGUUCAGCUCCGGCCGCUGCGUCCGCCUGGACGAGGAGCUGCGGCUCGUGGAGACGGUCGCGCCCACGGCACAGCGCUGCUCCACCUACAUGGACAUCGUCCUGGUGCUGGACGGCUCCAACAGCAUCUACCCCUGGGAGGAGGUGCAGGAUUUCCUCGGGAACAUCCUGGGGCGCUUCUUCAUCGGCCCCGGGCAGACCCAGGUGGGGGUGCUGCAGUACGGGGAGGAGGUGGUGCAGGAGUGGGCGCUGGGGCAGCACCCCACAGCCCAGGCCCUGCUCGAGGCCGCCCGGAACCUGACGCGGCAGGAGGGGAGGGAGACGCGCACGGCCAUGGCCAUCCGGCAGGCCUGCGCCGAGUCCUUCAGCGCCGAGCGGGGCGGGCGCUCGGGGGCCGCGCGGCUGCUGCUGGUGGUGACGGACGGGGAGUCCCACGACGGGGAGGAGCUGCCGGCGGCGCUGGCAGAGUGCGAGAAGCGCAACAUCACCCGCUACGCCAUCGCCGUCCUGGGGCACUACCUGCGGCGGCAGCAGGAUCCCGAGGAUUUCAUCCGGGAGAUCAAGUUCAUCGCCAGCGACCCCGACGAGAAGUAUUUCUUCAACGUCACCGACGAGGCCGCUCUCAACGACAUCGUGGACGCGCUGGGAGAUCGGAUCUUCAGCCUCGAAGGCACCCGUGAGGACAACGAGAGCGCCUUCGAGCUGGAGAUGUCCCAGAUCGGCUUCUCCAUCCACCUCCUCGAGGACGGGAUCCUCUUUGGAAUGGUGGGAGCCUACGACUGGGAGGGGGGCGUGCUGGAGGAGAGCCGGCGCGGGCGCAUCAUCCCACCCCGGGAAGCAUUCCAGGGGGAAUUCCCGCUGGAGCUGAAGAACCACGCAGCGUAUCUCG